GGACAAGUUUUGCUCCGAGAGAGAGGCCAGACGCCCGCAUCUCGCGCAUAGCGUGCUGCUGUUCGGUCGCAACCAGCACCGCCGACCAACCUCUCCUCUCGUGCUUCGACGAGGAACGAGUUUUCUUUCUCUUAGGCCGUCGGUAAAAAGCCGAGCGUGCACUAGGGUAGUUAGAGCACGAGUGUGUUGCUGCCGGCACCCAAUAACGACGACAGACCAAACCAUCGGCUCGGCGGAUUUUUCGAGUCUUUCCUCCCACUUUCGGGAAGCUGGUUUUGUCUUGUCACAAGUUAACGACGACAACGGUUGUUCCGCGGAAACAUGGCCCGGAUCGCUCUAUACCUGGCGGCCGUCAUGCUGGUCACCUUUGCCUGUCUGUCCGCGCUGGCUAGCGCAGACCACCACGAACCGAAGAAGCACCACUCCGAGAAGAAGGCGCACAGCGAACUGGAGGGCAGCGACACCUGGCGCAAGCUGCACAAGUCCAACAAGCACAGCAAGGAGCGUUUCCACCACCACGAGAAACACGGUGGCGAGAAGGAGCUGAAGAGCAUCCAGAAGCACGCCCUGGGCUCUGUAUCCCGGCACGAAGCUAGCCUUCAGGGUGACACCCUGGUCAACCACAGGGCAGCCCACAGCAAGCGCCAGCGGGACCCUCAUAGCACCGACAUCCACCUCCAAGACCUGGCCCACCCUGCUGGACAACACCACGGCCAUAACGCGGGAGGACACGCCCAGCCACACCAUGAGAGGCUGACGCACGCCAACAAGCCUUCCAAGCGGAGCCACGACAAGCAGCAGCAGCACGAGCGCCACUACACGGUGUCGAUGCCCGUCCGCUCGGGACACCAGAUCCACCGGCCCGUGGCGCACCACUUGAAAGAGGCCGAGGAUUCGCCGCGCCCCUACCGUCUGCACACCAACAGCCACGCCCGGGCGGCACUGCGCUACGCCAAGCAGAGUCGACGCGUCCACAAGGACUCUGGCAAGGAGCGCAAGUUCAAGAAGGCCUUCGAGAAGAAGCAGCAUUCCAAGCCCCACUACCUCUGGUAAAGGGCACGAAAAACAACCACGCAAUGCAACCCUGUGGGGAGGGGGACGGGAGCUAACACGCAUCUCUUCUUGCGCCAACAAGCAAAGGAGAAAAGGGCAGCUUGCGCUGAACUGUAAGACGCAAGGUGACAUGUACGCAAUAAUCGCAGCUAAUGCAAGGAUAUAGGACACCUUCAAGUUUUUCAUUAUGCGCCGAGUAAAAGAGUCGCAACCAAGAAGACAGACGAACAAAGCUUGACGUCUUCUUCAGUCUCCUUCUUGUGAUUCUUUCAAUCGGCACAUAAUCGAAACUCUGGCACGGAUCAACUAGACCCAAUUAUAGCCCUAAAAGCACUUUUAUGGAACAGGACUGAAUGCCAUUGCAAGUGAAACUGUGAACAUUGAAAACGCAAUGUAUUCACAUGCGUCAAGCUUCAGUCUAGAAAAUUUAUGCCUCUUGCUUGUACAACUAGUAAGAAGGAGGUUUAUAGACCGCGCUAGAGCACUGCAUGCUACUGUAUUCGGGAGAGCGAUACAGGCACAGCUUAGCACAGUGCCAUAGAAGACUCAACACUCGAAUGUUGAGUGUUCUAUGGCGCUGUGCUAAGCUGUGCCUGUAUCACACACAUGUGCUCGAUUGUGUGAUAACUGUCAUUCUGGCACUAUGACCUUAACGCAGAGUGCGCAAUUAUGAAUGCACCAAUGCAGGGUGUCUAAAAGUGAGACGUUUUUUUUUUCAUAGAAGCUGUCUGUCAUAGAAGCUGUUUUGUCAUAGAAGCUGUGUUGAAGGAAAAGGAGGGGAAGGUGUAAACAUACCAAACACAGCUGGGCAGCUGUGCAAAAAUUAUCAAAAUUUGUGAACAUGUAGCGAAUCAAAUGUAGAUCUUCCCUUUCCACCGUCGCAAUCAUCCUCUCAGAAGUGAUGUUCUGCACGCGAACAUCAGUCCUAAGAAUUGAGAAGCAGGCAGGCGGAAGAAGUGCGUGCGACCAGAAUAUGGGCGGCAAGCGUCGUACGUCAUGUCCGCCAUUAUUGCGUAGAUGCCACCUGUCGAAACAGGCCAGCUUUCCCCGUUACAGACUCCUGCCACGAGUCUACAUGAUAGGCAGAAUUCAAAAUGUGUUCAAGUUGUGCUCCGUCACCCUCUGGGAUGCCAGCGUGGCUCCGCAGCCUUGGGGAGAAGAACCCUUCCUCUCCCCCCCCCCCCCUUUUUUUUUUGUGGGGACUGAAGCUGGUGGGCGUGAUUUAAUAUGCAGUGGGAGUAUGCUCAUCACAAGCUGUUUUUGUUAAGUGUAUUUUGGUGGUCAGAUGUUGUCAUACAAAAGUAAUUCUUCAGUGGCUUGUCUUCUUAGCUGUGACAGGGACACGGUUUUCAAACACAGGCGUUAUCUUCCGUAAAAGCAUUGACUGAAUCUGUGACGGAGAACUUCAGAUAACGUUUACAGUCCCAUAGGUUCCCAGCCACAAACCUAAGAUCACUAAAUCAUAGGCACGGCUAGAGCUAGAUGUCUGGCAAUGAUGGCCAAAAGUGCAUUUAAAAGCCAUUUUAAUAGUACUGCCUCACUGCGGCUGACUUUAGCCAACUGCACGGGAUGACAGCAAGACUGCUCGAAAUGUGCUCAGUGCAAUGUAGGCAUUUUACACUUAAAAUUCACUUUCCACAAGCAUAGUGUCGCGCUUCAUAGUGCACAAUCGUGACUGAACCAACCUGUGCCAAUGCUACUGUACGAUCAAAUGAGAGAAACAAAACAAACAGUUUGAGAGACAGACAUUAAAAAGUCUUUGCUACAAGCAAAUAUGCGAAAGCUUGCACCUUUUUUUUUAAGCUUCUACGUAAGCUUGCAGGAAGAAAGCACCCUUUUUAAUCGAUCUCUACAACCUCGCAGCGCGACUGAUAAUUGAGUAGGUUAUACACUUGCAGGUGCAGCCACUGUUUCCAAAGAAACAAAAAGGCACACCAUAAGCACAUGCAAGAUCAACUUGCAGAUGCAUUAGGAAGUGCUGCAAUUUCAAGCAUGUUACUUAAUAGCACGAAACAAACUCUUAGAAAUGCUUCGCCCACCAGAACAUCCUUGUUUAUCAAUAUCUGCUUUGUGUUUGAGAUUGUUGCUUGAUUUCUGUUACUUUUCGUGCACGUUGAUGCCGAUUACUUAUAGACGGUUUAUACUUGCAUUUGCUAUCACAUUUUGUACUCAGUGCAAGUAGCUCAUGCAGUAUGCAGUUGUGAAAUGUUGCUGGACCUUGAGUCUAGCAUUUCGAAUUAGCAUGAAAACUGCAUAUUUUCCAUUUAGGGGGCUUCCUGACAGCUGCUUGUCUAUGUUGACAACUUUUGUUGCUUGCAUAGCGAAUGAAGUCCAACACCGCUGAGAGCCAGACAGGCCUCAAUGUUACUUUUGCCAGAUGUGUUAGCGCGGUUUGUCGCCAGUUCAAUUCUCAAGAAACGGCCUGCUUACAAUGUUAGCACGAUGUGCUUGUUGAGAGGCAUCGCAGAAAUGUUCUCCUUUACAAUGAUGCUGCUCUUUUAUUACGAUCCCGCUGCUUAAGAGAGUGGUUCAUGACGAAACGUGAAGCACUUGACGUUCCAGCAGAGGCACGGCCUUUUGUUCACUGCAUCGAGGCAAGCUAUAAUGGUCGCGUCGUCUAUCUCAAAAAGGUCGACGACCGGGCCACCUGGUUCCUUAUUAUUGUUGCAUCUGGUAUGCGCACUAUUUCUACCCCAAUCCUUCGAUAGCAUAUACGCAUAUAAUUAUUAUCGAUGCGCAUGCAUGUUGGUUGUUUUGGUGGAGGUUUCGUAGCAUUCUUUUUGCCUCUUCCUCAAGAACAAACCUUUUCGCUUUCCGUGGUCCGUGCGUUCCUUAUUGCGUGCGUGACUUUGUCCGUGGUCACCAUUUAUGAAAUGCUCUGUACAACAUUGCUUGGUGUGUUUCUUUUUGUAGCUUUCUCUUUCAGUGUACGAUCAAUUCUUAAUAAAAAAAUCAAACACUGACAAGAACUGUCA